CUCCGGUUUCCACUAAUCUCAAGAACUGUUUGUACGUAACUUAUGUCACGUUACGUAAGUUGAUUUGGCACAGUCACCAAAAUCCAUUGAAAUGAAUAUGUACUCGCAGUGAGGGAAUAGCAACUGCUUCACUACAGAGAUAGUCUCUUCUUACUUUACGUAAGCGUAGGACUCCUUACGUCAGUUAUAUUCGUAGCCGAAAAAAGAUUAUGGACAGGAGCAUUCCCUAAAGUAAAAUCCCUACAAGUAGGUUAACUAUUAACUCAAAUUGCCGACUGGAGCUCAACAACCUCACCACCGCCUACGCCACUCAAAUUAGGGCAAGUCCAUACACACAGUGCGUCUCCACUACGUAAAUUAGGUUGCUUACAGAGCAGAUACUCCAAGAUGACUCCAUGUGAAGUGAAAGCAUGCUUCUGUAGUGUAAAUUACAAGAAAGCACUAGGGUUGGUUCGCAGUAAAGUGGUCAAAACUGAGAUCAUUCUGGUGCAGGUUCUCUACGAGGUGUUCGACGAAAUGAGUGCCAACCUGUUGAUCACCCACUGCGAUUGUCCGGAGAUAUUCUGUCACCCGGUAGGCUGCUAAAUGGUACUAGUGGUGGGGGUGUGACGAGAAGACUAGCGACUGGCAGUAUCGCCCUGGCGUCGACUGGGGCAAGGGCGUGUUGCUAUACGUGCUCGCUAGACUGUGCCGUGGCGGUUUUACGAGUAUGUAAGCCGGCACUAGUGCACUGGCCUUCCGUAAAGCUGUGUGCAGAGUCAAAGAAGAGACUUCGUUUUGUGAAAUCAGUUUUACCGUUGCCGCGAUUGCUGUUUGGGCGGUGACGGAAAUGAUUUUAGCAGGAGCUUAUAUUGGUAAUAUUUAUCUUGCGUGUAAGGAAUUCCCGAAGACUGCAGAACCAAAUGCAGUGAUGGUGGCUGUCUUUGUUCUCGCUGUUCUCUGGAGGUCGCUGCUGCUGCCGGUUCUGGCACAAGAGCAAAACUGGCCAGAGUAUUUGGUCGUGAGUCCAGAGAGGCCGGAGCUUAUCCAAAUUCUUGCUGGCAAGGAAGUCCGCCUGCACUGCGGUCCGAAGGCCAAGCAUCCAACCCAGGACAGGUCACGCUUCCAUUGGACUUACAAGAGAUGUGGUUUCGGCUACAGUUUCACCAACUGCGACAAGGUGGUGAACAAGAAGUGGCAGAAUGUGACGUGCAGAUCUAGAGUUUGCCACACGAGACUCGUUUUGACGAACGCCGUGGAAAACGACAGCGGUCUCUACCGAUGCAUGGACAGAGAUCAUGUUCUCAAGACUUACCAGCUGGAUGUUGUUGACAGAAUGGGUGCCCCGCCCCAGCUGCUGAACAAGCUGCCUGCCAACCUGACGGUCCUGGAAACCAGCCCCGCCGUCAUGAUGUGCCGCGUGCUGAGCAAACAGCCGCCGUCCGUCCUGUGGUUUCGUCGCCAGGACGCCCGCGACAGAGACACCAGCAACUACAUCCAGUAUCUCGACGAUUACUACGAGCUCCUCAACGACAGCAGCACGGCGGCGCUCACGGACGAACUGUACCUCAGCAAGCUGAUAAUACAGCGCGCGAGGGAGCAGCACGCUGGCUACUACGUCUGCCUGGCCAUCAAUGCGCAGGGCUACAGCCACGGUGGGGCCUACCUGGGCGUCAGACCCUUCAGGGGCGAAGAUUACGAGGGUGACGAGGACUUUGACUCGUCAUCGCUGCCGUUCCUGUUCCUGAUACCGCUGGCGCUGGCGAUUCUGGCGGCCAUCGCCGGCUGCUUGGGCUGGCUGUGGUGCAGGACGUGUGGCGACAGGGACACGCUCCCCAUUCCCCUCAACAACAACAACAACAACAACGACGUAAACCACCGCGAUGUGGGCAACCGCCGGUACGAGCCCGUCAAGGCACCCCCCACCCUGCCACACACGCACAGGAGAGGAGGUGUGGUGUAGCGCAUAUGGCAGCAGGAACAUUCUCCACCCCCCACCCCCCCCCUCCCCCAUGUUCAUCAUCAUCAUCAUCAUCAUCAUCAUCAUCAUCAUCAUCAUCAUCAUCAUCAUCAUCAUCAACAACGACCACCGAGAAGUAGGUGACCGUCGGUACGAGCUCAUUAAGACACCCCAGGCGAGGAGACACUGCUCUGUCUUAACAUUAAACACUAGCAUCGCAGGUUAUUUGGUGUAUAAAAAGAAAAUUAGUGAAAUUGUGUUCUUUUGGCAUAACUCUCGUAGAUAGAAAAAUACCUCUGGCGACUUUUUUAAUUUUAGUACGUAGAAUCAUACAUUCUGCACAGUUCCAAGAUAAAUUGGAACUUUUUUGACAGCUAAUUAUUAUUCUAAAACCUAACAAAAUAAAUAUUGGUACGCAAUAAGCUAGUCUGGUACUUCAUAAACCGGUUUGAUUUGUUUGUUAAAUCACAACAUUGAGCUGCCAAAGUCUGAAUGUUUGCUGAAGCACCCAUAUAUAUUAUAUUUUAUUUAUAUAUAUUCAUAUAUAUGAACAGUGUGUACUUCAUGAGGAAGAUACACAUAAAUGGCUAAAUAUUGUAAUUUAAAGAUCAAGGUAUGCUGAGUUACUACAUAAUUUAACUGCAAGUGUGCCAAAAUAUUAAGGUACCUGAACUGUUUAAAAACACUUUGAUUAAUAUAAAUAUAUUUAUUAUAGCUAGAAAAUUCAAUAUGUUUCUAUGUCUUCAUGAAACUGUUAGAAAAACAAAACUAAAAUAAAAAAAAUUAAGAUACUUUAAAUAACCACAGUAACAUUUUGCAUUUAGUUUAAACUAAAUACAUAAGUUCGGAACGUACUUUGAAAAAGAAUUUUAAUUUCUUUUUAAAUAAGCAAUGUAAUCAGUUGUGAUUAACAAAAUAAUAUUUCCAAGUACAUUUAGCAAAGUUAUAAUGCAUUCAAACUGUCUUCUUAAAUUCAAGUGGUGCAAACAAAAUGUAUACGCUUGUACAAUGUAUAAGUUUUUUUAUUAUCUGUGAUAUUGUUAUAAAAUUUAUUAUUAGAAGAAAAAAAAGUUUUAAUAUAGUUAGCUACAUAAGGAAACAUCACUCAUAUUCACUUCUAAAAGUUGUCGAUUUAUCUAUCAAUCACAAAAAAUUUCACAAUGAACAACAUUUGUAUGACAUUUUUUAAGACACUUUGGAAAUUAAAAAUAUGGCAUAUGCCUUAUACACAUUACUAGGUGAUAAGUAUUUUUUUUAUAAUUGAUAAUAAAUUUGCCAACCAUUACAAGUUUUAUUCCUUCCAAUUUAUAAUUUUGUAUGACUUACUAAAGUUGUAAUUUAGAAAACUUGUGGGAAAAUUAGAGCAUGGACCAAAAAUUUUUUUUGAUAUGUGACUUGUGAAUAAUAAUCGCAAUUACAGUACACUCCCUAUUUAACGCGGUUGUCGGGGGACAUAACUUUUACCCGCGUUGUUGCAUAACCGCGAUGUUUCGAUGUGACCAAGGUCAAAAGGCAUAAAACACCGCCUGUGUUCUAAUAGGUCGGCAAGCACGCACAGUAUAGACGGCCCGCCUUUGUGCGGACUUUGCAUCCGCAGUUUUCACUAAACGCGGGUGAAAAAAUAAAAAUAAUAAAUUUUAAAGAUAAAUAUUAAAUGUUGAAUUUUUUAUUUUUUAUUUUUCCGCAUGCCGCGCACAGUUUGUCGCACGGCCUACGAGCGCGCCACACGCCGCCAUACACACGUGCGGGCGUGCGGCACACAAGCUGCUGCCAGUCUCGUGGUGUCAGCCACAGUAUCUGCUUCGUCUGAGUGUCCGUAACAAAGUAAGUGCAGUGUGUGCGGUUACACACGAUUCUGUGGUCAAAGUCUUCUAAAUAGAAAGGCCAUAGUAAUACUUCAAACCUAAUAUGAAUCGCAAAGUACCGAGUUUGAUUGACAAAAUAAAAAGUAUGCAGCAGAUACGUGAAAAACGAUUCUAGCAUUCGUACAAUAUAAAAUAAAGAAUCGUCUAUCGUGUAAAGUGGUUAAACUUUGUUAUCCAUGCUUACAGUAAAUUAUAAAUGGUCACAUGUGGGAUACAAAAAUUGCGCCAAAAUAAUUUUAGCGCAAUCAGUGGCGACGUAUUAAAAAGUCUGUUAAACGUUGUCUUUACUUAUUCCAUCAAACGCUGUGUCGAGUUGCUGAGUGUGUGUGGCUCGGAUCGGCAAGUGUUAUAUUCCCCAGCAUCUGGUUAAAGGUCUGGAGGCCGCUACACAUAAACAUUUCCGGGGCUUGUUUACUACCUCACGGCAAAAGUGGUACCGUAUGGUUCACGUAAGUAUUGGACCACUGGGAAUUCCUCGGCAAAGAUUAAAAAUACGCUAGCUGAUUUACUUUACUAUUUAAUGUUAAAACAUUAUACCAAAGUAAAAAGAUGAACGUGUAUAAUACAACGAAUAAUAUUACGUCUGUAGGUUCAAGUUGUAACAAAACAUUUAUAUGUCUCCGCUUGUCAACACACGUGACCACGAGAAGAGUGCAGACGGAAAUGAGUGAACUACUCAAGGUCACCAGACUUCCCCACUUCCGGCUUAAUCGCCCCUCUCAACACUGGCGCUUAUAUUGCACUCCUCCCAUCUACCCGGGUGUCUUGGUCGCAUAUUCUCGGCUCGCCUCUCCCCUCCCAGCGCUUGCCGUCAACCAAACCUAUCCAAAAUCAAUCCCCAGCCGAGUCACGCUGGAUAAUGUCGCUGGACGGUGGGCUUUAUCGGGUCCCCUGUCCGAUGCUUUAUUUGUGGGUUAAAAAAAAUGUUAAGAACUAGUGUUUCAGAAAAUAACACUGGGCUGGAUUGGACCAUAAUUUGAAAACACUACAAGAUAGAGGAAUAAUGUACGGAGAUAUCUUAUUUAGAAUUUCACUGCGGACAUUUUCUACGCCUAGGCUUUUUUCUGCCCGAUGCUUAGUUUGUGAGUUACAACGCAAAAUUAUCCUAAUCGGCUGUCAACCAUUUAUUCCAUUAUUAUUACAGUAGAACCUCGUUAAUCCGUGACGCGCUAAUUCGGGAAUCGGAUAAUCCGGGACGAUUUAAAAGUGCAGAAAAAAAAAAGUAAAAAUUGUCAGCGCUUAAAAUUCACGUCACGCGGGCCGGCGGCCGGCAAACACUGCAAGCCUUCGCAUGGGCCACCAAACUCUGCAACGCUGUUUGUACCGACCCUUUGUGUUGCCCCCCUUUCAGCUGUCACAUUUAUCACUCUUUAAACUUGAGGGGGAUGUCCUGACUUCUGCUUCCCGUCUCCCUUUGUUUGUUUCCACCCGCCAACGCACGGCAGGCGCCUGGCGAGUGACGUGUCUGGCUGGCAUUCCGCUGGACGAAGUGGGAUGAAGGGGGGAGGGGGGGGGGGGGGGGGCUACCCAAAAUUUAUGUGUGCAAGUUCAGCACGAUCUUAUCUUUCUCUCUUCGGCUGUUGUAAAUGACCGUGAACUAAUAGCUAAGCAGUGCCGUAUUUUUUUAAGCCGAGACUAAUUCGAAGACGGCCCUUACCGUGAACGGAUAUCCGGGUUUAUUACUUUUUUUUUUUUACAGGAUUUUAAUUAUCCGGGCAUCGGCAUGUCCCAAUUAACACGAAUAAUGGAGAUUUUACUAUUUUUUAUCCAUCUGCUGCCAAGGCGCAGUAAGCCUCGGUAGAUGUUACGUCACAUGACCUUGGCCUUAACCCAGCUGCACGCCGGUGUCUGAGAAGCUUGACAAGACCUUCCGGACUUUUAAUCGCUAGUCCGUGAAAUUCGGUAAUCCGUGAUUAUCUCGGUCCCGACCAUCACGAAUUAACGAGGUUCUACUGUGUUAUUAUUAUUAUUAUUCAUAUCUGAUUGGGGGACAUGGUUUGACCCGCGAUAUACCCGAUUCCGCGAUCUAUCGGGGCGCGGUAUACCGGGAGUUUACUGUAUUGUACUUAUCACCAACAUGUAUGUAUGUAUGUCUAGGUUUUUUAUGCAACCAGUAAUUACUUCAAAUUUUUCUUGUUUAUGUAUGUUAAUGGUGCACAUGUUAACUUUCUUUCAGUAAAUUUUUAUGUAAAUAUUUAAGUGUAUUUGUUAAUUUUAUAGUUAAUAUUUUUUUGACAUAUGAGAGGAAAAUUAAAUUUUCUAUUUGUUGUUCUGUCAUGAUGAAUUGGUUUUAUUCUAUUUAUAAGUUUUUUGUAUACCACUGAUUUAAUGCCUUCAGUACAUACUAGGAAUGGCAUAAAAAUUUGUUUGAGAGUUCAUAAAAAAAAAUUAAAGGACUUGUUUAGUAGAAAAAUGGUUUAUAAACAAAUUAAUUUUAAUUUAUUUAAAAUCACAUGUAAAAAAAAAAAAAUAUUCAAAGCAAAUUAACUUAGAAUACCACUCAAUAACUUAAAUGAUUUUGCACAUAUGUUCAGAGUAGGAUUUUAAGCUUUAAUUACAAGAUGUAUGCUUUAGUACCAGCAAGCAGCAUUAAGGUAGCUUUACCUGUAACACAAUGGAUUCUUUUUUUUUUUUUCUCGAGUGUUUGCUUGGAUACCAUCAAGAUCAUAUCAGACAAUAAACAACCUCGCACUAUAGACAGAACGCUAAACCAAAAAUGUAAAUCCUUAACUUUACUCACAACCAUAUGGUUCUCGACAUAUGUCUACAAAUUUUGACUGGUUUGAAUUCCCUAAAUGCCAAAUCAGGAAAAAUUACAUGUUCUACCGAUAACACGGUCAUCCAAAAUACUUUACUAAAUUAUUAUAGACUCAAUGAAGAAAAAUAAAACUUGUUUUACAAGUAAAUUUUAAUGCCCAAACCAAUAAAAAAAAAA